AUGAAGUUUCUUGUCACUACGAAUCUCCCUUCCUUCCGUGCAGGGUCAAAGCCACCCUCGUACAUCCAUUUCAGCGACGUCAGCUCCGACCUCUCCAUCCCAUUGACCAGUCCUCUGACGGUGGAUGUGUGGAUAUGCAAUGGCGACGAAGUGACCGGUUACCUCAUGGACCGGUGGCUCAGCCAAGCAUCCCAGAUUCCCAAAUCCAUGCUGGUCCAAGACGUGGCCAGCAUCCCACGCUUGCUGCAAUAUGCCAGGGGCCGUGUAGCUGAGAUUGCCCCGUUUCCCAAGAGAGAACCUGGCAUCUCAGAUCAAGGAUGGGAGGAAACGAUCCUACGAGACGCAGAAAUGCUCUAUGCCCGCGCCCGCGCCAAGGCCGGAUCGGGUCGGGCAACCGUCAACGGAACGAAGCGCCAUGCCGACAAGACAACUGUUGUGCUCGUUGGCGCUGGCAUCCUGAACCUGAUGACCGCCCAGCUCCUAGUUGACCGUGGCUACCACGUACGCGUCGUGGAUCAAGGUCCAGACCCUCGUUCCACCCAACCCGGCGACUGGAUGUCCCUUGGCGUCACGAGCGGCGGCCACAACGCCCGCAUGUUCACCAACACCGAGGCAGAUAACUACAACGAGCAACAUAGCGAGCUCUACCAGGACAUGCAGUCAAUCUUCCGGAAAUCCGUCCGUGACGGCGGUUGGAGUGUGAAGAACCCCAAGGAGCUUUCUCCCGCCGAGCAUGCCUGGGUGGAGGCCUUCGAGAGAGUUCCGCCCUGGAUGGCCGCGACUUUCAAGAAGAACAUUCACCAGGUGAACCGCGAGGCCGGGAAGCUCUGGAGGGAGCUCAUGCGCAGCGCUCCUCGGCUGUUUGAAGACACGGGAUUCCAUGACGACAUCAUACGGCUAUACGUGGAGUCAACGGCCUUGGAUAAGUCGGUUGAGCUUCACAAGAACCUCGGUGCUCUUCUGGAGGCCCCUUCUCCCCAAGAAUUCCUCAACGCGCAUCCCCGAUUCCGCCCUGCAGCCGAUUCGGACCAUCUCGCGGGUGGACUUGUCGUGGAUGGGUUUACCGUCAACGUGCACCUCUUCGUGGCCAAACUGAUCAAUCACAUCACCGCUUCGGGCGGAGAAUUCGUCUGGGAGUGCGAAGUGCAGAGCAUCCAGCAGAACCCCAACGGCGAAGUGACCGCGCUGAAGUCCCGGAAAGGGAAGUUGGAAGCCGACCACUACGUGGUGAGCCCCGGCACGACGGGCAGCGCACUGCUGCAUGGAACAGCCAGCGAGAACCUCGUGCAGGGCGUCCUCGGGAUAUGGCUGCAGAUCCCCAACGUGGAGCCGCAGCUGCGGAAUUCCAUGAAGAUCCAUCGGCGCGGCCACAAGGUGGAAGAUAUCAACGUCACCGUGGCCAAGGACCAGCAAACCGGCGAAGACAUCCUGAUCUUCGGAGGCGGGUACGGCUACGUCGGUCUCGACCAUCCUGCGCACGAUAGCCCGGAGCUCACGGCUCUGUACGAGGAGUUGGAGGAAGUGGCACGGAUCUACUUCCCGCAGGGAUAUGCCGCCGCGAAGGAACGCGGGCCCGAAGCCAUGUACCCAGGUGGGCAUCGCAAAUACUGCGUCCGCCCUUUCACGCCCACAGGGCUAGGCCUGUUCGAGAAGAUUCCCACCGCAAGCGGCGGCCAGCUGAUCAUCACCGGCGGCAACAACACGGGCGGCUUUGCGCAAGCCCCGGCGAUUGCGCGUGCGGUGCUGCGAUCCUUCCUCGGCGAGCACGACCCGAUCCAUGUGCUCUUCCACCCGGACCGCGGCAAGCUCCCACCCGCGGCGACCUACCGGUCCCGGACGCCGAGUCCCUCGCCCAUCCUCGGCAACGGCAGAUCCCAGCAGCAAUCCCCGCUCAAGCUCCUCCUGCUCUGCUCCGACGGGCCGAACCACCGCUACCUCCGCUACCGCCUCGACCAGGCCUUCCCAGGCUACCGCUGCAUCGUAGAACCCGACGCAGGCCAGAUCCGACACCUCCUACUCGGCCACUCCCGCCAGCGCAGCGCCUACUUCGACAAGCUCAUCCCGGCGGGCCACGUUUCCCCCGCGCCAGAUCUGGUCGUCGACACAGUCAACUGCGCAGCCGUCUGGAACGCCGUCGAGCAAUGGCAGCCCGAGAUCACCAUCGUGUCCGGGACCAAGCUGAUCGGCAAGAAGCUGAUUGCGCGCGGCGGGCUGAUGAUCAACCUGCACACGGGCCACCUGCCCGAGUACAAGGGCAACCACUGCAUCUUCUUUGCGCUGCACGACGGCCGCGUGGACAAGGUGGCGGCGACGCUGCAUCAGCUGACGGCCGCGCUGGACGGCGGGGACGUGCUGGACCGGGUGUUCCCCCUCGUCGAGCCCCGUGAUAGCGAGGAGACGCUGUAUACCAAGUGCUUGGAGAUGUCGAUUGACCGCGUCGUGGAGCAUGUCGGUAGGUUUGCGAAGGGGGAGAAGCUUGAGUUCGUGCCCCAGCGAGGCGAGGGUAAGAUGUUUCGUCAUUCGGACCGCACGCCGGGGAAGGAGUUGUGGUUGUGGUGGCAGUUGAAUGUUGGCGGCUUGCUGAAGAAUAAGGCUGGCAGUGGCAAGGAGGAGGUGGAGGAGUCUGACUGAGGCGAAGGGAGGUUGAAAAAGACGGAGAGGUUGUGACCAUCUGUUACUAUUGAAUAUUGGCCCUCAUUUGAAACUCAACCUUCAGAGAAGGAUCACCUUGCUCGACUGCUAGGAGGCAUACUAUGCAAGCAGAUACGGCUAGACAUGAGAAACUGAAAAGUGAUGCCAGCUGCGUCACUCUUGUGUUUGACAGCUGGAAUAGUUUCAAUCAGCAAGGCCGUGAUUGAAAACUACUAGUAAUGGCCACAACUAAAUGAAC